AUGCCUCGUAAAAAUAUUAAAAAUGUAUCAGCCGUAUGUAACAUAGUAAAUAAAAUUCCUUUAAAUACAAAAGAAAGUGUAGUACCAAAAUUGGAAAAUGAGCAGAUCGAUAUGAGUAAAAAAAAUGCCAUUGAUUUAAGUAAAUUCAAAUUUGAAAAGAAACCUCACGUAAAAAUUGAGUUUGAAGAGGAUUCUCCUACUAAACAGGAAUCUAAAGGUCUCUGGGAACCAUCUAAUUGGAAAGAUUUCUUAGUCAACUUAAGAAUAAUGCGGUCAAAUAAUGAUGCUCCUGUAGAUUCAAUGGGUUGUCACAUGUCUAUGGAUGAAAGUGCUCCACCAGAGGUAAUAAGAUAUCAAAGUUUAAUAUCCCUUAUGCUGUCAAGCCAAACCAAAGACCAGGUUACAUUUGCAGCUAUGGAACGUCUAAAAGCAAAGGGACUUACCGUUGAUAAUGUAUUAUCUAUGAGUGAUGAAGAACUAGGUCAACUUAUAUACCCUGUCGGAUUUUGGAAGACAAAAAUCAAGUAUAUAAAGAAAACAACACAAACUCUAAAAGACCAAUAUAAUGGUGAUAUACCAGACUCUGUUGAAAAACUUUGUAAGCUGACUGGAGUUGGACCCAAAAUGGCUCACAUUUGCAUGAAAGUUGCAUGGAACAAAGUUACUGGAAUAGGAGUUGAUACUCAUGUUCAUAGGAUAAGUAACAGAAUUGGUUGGGUUAAAAAACCUACUACUACACCAGAAGACACUCGUAAAUCAUUACAGUCAUGGCUGCCUUUUGAAUUAUGGAGUGAAGUAAACCAUUUAAUGGUUGGUUUUGGACAAACCAUAUGCUUACCAAUAGGUCCCAUGUGCCAUGAAUGUUUAAAUAGAGAUAUUUGUCCUUCAAGUGAUCAAGGGAGAAAAUCACCUAAAAAAUCUCCCAAGAAGUUAGAAAAAAAUGAAAGUGAAAACAUAGAAUCAAAUAAAUCAUCAAACAAAAAGUCACCUGGUUAUAAGAAACUGCUUAAUAUUGAAAAUGUUAAUGGAAGUAGUGGACUUCCAAUCAAAUCGCCACAUAAAAAGUGUCACAGCAUCAAAGAAGAAAUAAAAAUUGAACCACUAGAUGAUAAUGCUAUACUGUCAAAAGACCUAUUUUGUCCAGAAUCUCCUAAAUCUGUGAUAGAUAUUAAGGAUGUACCAGAACAAAAUAAAAAAAAUACUAGAGUUAUUAAAAAAGAAAUUGGUUCUUCUGAUGUAAAUUUAAAGCAGGAAUUGGAAAGUAAACAAAUAGAUAUUGAUGAACGAAGUAAAAGCAACUUAAAAAGAAAAUCACCUAGAAUAGCCAAGCAAAAUGUCGUAUCUAAAAACAAAAAUGUUACUAACACAUCCCUGAAAAAAAAGAAAUGCUCUAAGAAUGAU